UCAACCAGUUGCAAAGGUCUCAACUCUCACUUUUCCAGGGAUUUCGGGGAGAUGUCUGAAUGGAAUGGAGGAGGUAGUUAUGAAGUGAAGUGUGGGAGAAGUCAGUACGUGGUUCGAUUACUUGAGGGGACAUGCUCAUGUGGGGCAUGGGAACUUUCUGGAAUCCCAUGUACCCAUGCUGCCCGAGCAAUUCAUGACAAUGGUGAUAAGGUAGAAGAAUACAUCAAUCUUUGGUACAAGACGACUACUUAUUUGAGGGCAUAUUCUAAACCACUUGAGCCAAUCAGAGGGGAGGAUAUGUGGCCAAGAAGUGAGCAAGAAGGUGUGGUUCCUCCUAAAUUGAGGAAAAUGCCCGGGAGACCAAAGAAGAAAAGAAGAAGAGAAUUUCAUGAGAAUAUUGUAAAAACCAAAUUGACCAGGGAAGGAAGGAAAAUGACUUGUCAUGUGUGUGGUGGUAAGGGCCAUAAUGCAAGAAGCAAGACAUGUCCAGGUAGGAGUACUUCAAGUAGCCAAGUCAGUGACCUAACUGCGGCACAUACACCAAGUCAGUGUGCAUUUGGCUCAAAUCCAGCUCCUACAAGGGCUACUGCCAGCAGGCCUGUGCAUCAAGGAAGUGACAAUACUGCCAGUAGGCCUGUGCAUCAAGGAAGUGGCAGUACUGCCAACAGGCUUGUGCAUCAAGGAAGUGCCAUUAAUUUUGUGUCAGCAAGUGCAGUUGCAAACUUUGUUGUAGGUCAAAUAAUCGAUGGACAAUCUAGCAGCUCAAUGGCAGCCACAAAAGACAGGUACAUUAGCCAUUUUCACAAAGAGUGCAGGCCUAAGACAAAACCAAAGAAAAGAACAUUGCCAACUGGAUAUGGACUCUAUAUCAAUCCUGAAACCGGCCGAUCAAUUCUAAAUGUAAUUGUUCAACCAUCAAUUAACGUAUAUAGUAUGCAUCUGUAACUUUAAUAAUGAAAU